CAGUGCGCACGUAUUGGUGAUGCCCAUUUUGUUUGCGUUUUUUGCACUUCGAAAGUUUUCUCGUCGGAAAAUUUUUAAUUUUCCUAUAAGAAAAUCUUAUUUUGAAACUUUUUAUUAUGUUAUACCAUAAAUUUACAUUCAGUUCUAAAUAAAUAUCAUACAAAAAUAUAAGUGAAUUGCUAAAUAAUAAAGAUAUUUAACAAAUUGUAAAGUGAUGAUAUUCUCAAUAACGAGUCUACUACUCCAUCAUAUUACGACGAAAAAAGAAGAACAAGCAGGCGACGACGAGGAAGGAGGUGUAUUCCGCCACCAUUACCGUGAUGUUUUUUCCAAAUUUAAUCAUUUUUGUGGAAGUUUAAUUAAUUUACCGCCUUUGAUAAACUCUCAAUUGAUACAUUAAAAAGUGAAAUUAUAUAACUCUUUUUAUAUGCUACUAUAUAAACUUAAAAAAGGAUUUUCUGAUAAAAUGUGAAAAAUGACAAAAAUAAAUAUAUUUUCUGGUGUACCCCGUUGGAAAUGAAAUUGACCUUUGUGAGCAUGCGUCAUUCGCCGUCGCCGUGCUCUCCACCAUCAUUGCUGUCGCAUUUAUAAAUGGCGGCGUCCCGUUCGUGAGGGGAGAAAUUAAAUAUUUCUAUUUUAUUUACAUUUUUUUUUAUUUGAUAUGGGAAAAAAAUAUGUUUGCGUAGGAGUAGAAUUUUCCUCAGGGAUAAAAAAAUAAAGUUAAAGUUAAAUUAAAAAUUUGUCAAUAAAACUAGUAAAUAAUUGCAAGCAAGUGCAAAGAUACGUUCAUCGGGGAAUUUUUUGAUUUUGCGUUUCAAAAAAAAAAAAAUAAAACAAAACGGGAGAGGUAAUUUAUAAUUAAACAAAAUGAAUUCUGAUCAUGCAUCAGCUCCUGGCGAGUCAUCAUCUAAUCCGAAUGACUCGCAACAAAGUCGGCAUUCGCCGCAGCAAGCUCAGCAACAACAGCAGCAGCAACAUCAUCAACAUCAACAACAGCAACAACUUGCACAUCAACGACAUCCGCAACAAUUGAAUGAACAACAUGUCCAGCUACACCAUCACGAAAACCCUACCGGGGGUAUUAGUAGAGUUAUUCAGCCUGUUGGCGGGAUCGAGUCAGAUGUAUCCAAACAACAACAUCAACACCAUCAGCCAUCACUCGUAUCGGGUCCCCAACAACAUCUUGGAAAAUAUUGGGUUGUUACAAAUCUCUUUCAGGGCCCCGGUCAACCCCCAUACAAUAUUGGUGUAACACCUACAACUUCAGCAGUUCCUUCAAUACCGCCUCCGAUAUCAUCGCAUUCAAGUGCUUCGGCAGCCAAGGCGGCAAACUCUAAACAACAACAGCAGCAAGAACAACAACAGCAACAGCAGCUUGCAUCAAACUCGCAUACUCAAUCACCAUCAACACAUAUAGUUUCAUCCGUUGGUGCUACAUCCUUACAAAUACCUAAUCCAAUGAUAAAUACAGGAAUGAAUCAGCAUCAGCUUCCAAAUGGCACAAUAAUCGCUGGCCCACGUCAUGCGGAUUCUUUACACGUUCAUGGUACUAUGUCCGGCGACGACAAUCGACACGUCUCACACGGUAUGCAGGACAUAAAGGAGGAGAAACCUUUUGCUAAUGGCAAACCAAACAUUCAUAUGGCACAUGUUAAUCCAGCAACUUCCAUUUCUUCAAAAAUGAGUUCUGGUAAUAGUGGCGGGGGCAACAAUGGUCAAUCAACUGAACCAGGUGUUACGCAAAUGGUUAAACUUCAGUCAGGGUCUGGGCCUAGUGGUACUAGUAGUACGGGAGGUAACGAACAACAAGAAAGUAAACCCCCCCACGGCGUUGAAAUGUACAAAGUCAAUAUUGAAGACUUGAGUCAAUUUUUAUCAUAUCACGAAGUUUUUGGCAAAAUACAUGGCGAAGUGAUAAAUCAACAACAAAUAUCGCACACGGUAACUCAUCCUACUACAAAUGUAUCGACUUCGAAUGCUGGCGGAAACACCUCUGUGAGUGGUUCUGUCUCCGGUUCACUACCUCCACCAUCGUCGACAAAUGGAAACUCGAUAGUGGCUGCCAACAGCCUUACCAGUACAGGAUCUGGUGCCCAAACAGUUCCGUCAACCGGCUCCGGUGGUGUGCCUACUGGGCCUGGUGAGCUUAUUCUUCCUAAGAUGGAAAACCAAGGAAUGGGUGUUGACCAAAACACUCCUCUGCUCGCCCCGGACGGAACACCCAUUAUCGGAGGCACACAUAUCUGUGACAUUUGCGGAAAAAUGUUCCAAUUUCGUUAUCAGUUAAUUGUGCAUCGUCGAUAUCAUAGUGAACGAAAGCCAUUCAAUUGCCAAGUUUGUGGACAGGGAUUCACCACAUCGCAAGAUCUCACCCGGCAUGGUAAGAUUCACAUUGGUGGACCAAUGUUCACGUGCGUUAUUUGCUUCAAUGUGUUUGCCAACAAUGCCAGCUUGGAAAGGCACAUGAAACGUCAUUCAACGGAUAAACCAUUUGCAUGUACUAUAUGCCAGAAAACAUUUGCCCGCAAAGAACACCUGGACAAUCAUUUUCGCAGUCAUACUGGGGAGACGCCUUUCCGUUGCCAAUAUUGUGCAAAAACAUUCACACGAAAGGAACACAUGGUCAACCAUGUACGUAAGCAUACCGGCGAGACGCCACAUCGUUGCGAUAUUUGUAAGAAAUCGUUUACGCGGAAAGAGCACUAUGUUAAUCAUUACAUGUGGCAUACAGGUCAAACACCUCACCAAUGCGAUAUAUGUGGAAAGAAAUAUACAAGGAAGGAACAUCUGGCCAACCAUAUGCGAUCACAUACGAAUGAUACACCAUUCCGGUGUGAAAUUUGUGGCAAGAGUUUUAGCAGAAAGGAACAUUUUACCAAUCACAUUUUAUGGCAUACAGGAGAAACCCCUCAUCGCUGUGAUUUCUGUGCGAAGACGUUUACCAGGAAGGAGCACCUAUUGAACCAUGUCCGCCAACAUACGGGUGAGUCACCACAUCGCUGCACCUAUUGCUUGAAGACCUUCACUCGUAAGGAACACCUAGUGAAUCACAUUCGUCAACACACAGGCGAAACACCUUUCAAGUGCACCUACUGUACCAAGGCUUUCACACGCAAGGAUCAUAUGGUAAAUCACAUCCGUCAACAUACUGGAGAAUCACCACAUAAAUGCACCUACUGCACGAAAACUUUCACCCGUAAAGAGCAUCUGACCAACCAUGUGCGUCAACAUACGGGUGAGUCGCCACAUCGUUGCACCUACUGCAAGAAAACAUUUACACGCAAGGAACACCUAACGAAUCAUAUCCGGUUGCACACAGGCGAUUCGCCUCAUAAAUGCGAAUACUGCCAAAAGACAUUCACGCGCAAAGAGCAUCUGAACAAUCAUAUGAGGCAGCAUUCGAGUGACAACCCGCACUGCUGUAAUGUGUGCAACAAACCGUUUACCCGCAAGGAGCAUCUGAUCAAUCACAUGUCGCGUUGUCAUACCGGCGAUCGACCAUUUGCUUGCGAGACUUGCGGUAAGAGUUUUCCGCUCAAAGGCAACUUGCUCUUCCAUCAACGCAGCCACACCAAGGGUCAGGAGUGUGAACGUCCAUUUAAUUGUGAGAAAUGCCCGAAAAAUUUUAUUUGCAAAGGUCAUUUGGUUUCGCAUAUGCGAUCCCAUUCUGGAGAAAAACCACAUGCUUGUACUAUGUGUAGCAAGGCAUUUGUCGAAAGGGGGAAUCUCAAACGUCACAUGAAGAUGAAUCAUCCGGAUGCAGUAAUGCCGCCACCUCCAACACCUAUACCCGGGCUUUUGACUCAAAUCAAACAAGAAAUCAAGCCGAUAAUAAUUCCUCAUCAACCCCCAACCAUGCAUACUAUACAACAAAUCACUUCAACUGCAGGCAGCUCAAGUGCAAAUAAUACUGGCAAUCCCGCCCUUCUGGCACCUGGUCUAGUGCCAAUGGUUACAUCUACUAUAACUUCACAUAUAAAGCAACAAACUCACUUGCAACAACAACAGCAGCAGCAGCAACACCAACAUCAACAUCAAUUGCAACAACAACAGCUUUUGCAGCUGUCGAUCCAGCAAGCAGCUCAACAUCAACAAGCUGAGCAUCGGCAACAACAGCAGCAGCAACAACAACAACAACAACAACAGCAACAACAACAGCAACAGCAGCAACAAGUCCAACAACAACAACAUCAGCAACAAAGCCAUCAACAACACCAGCAACAACAACAAGCUCAACAACAAUCACAACAGCAACCACAACAGCAUCAACAGCCUCAACCGCCUUCAGUGCCGUUAGCUCUCAUUGGAGCUGAUCCUUCGGCUAUAGCUCGAGCUGCUAUGCAACUACAACAUUUGCCAACAAAUGUCGAACAACAUCCAGUGGUGUAUUAGGAGGUAUGUAGUAAAGGAGAGAAUGAGACCCAGAGAGCGAAAAUGGAUAAGGGAAAGUUAAGUUACACAUUUAUUUUGAUAAUUUUUUUUCAACUCUUUUAAUUUAGCCAAUAAGUUGAAAUUCAUCUGACGGUUUUGUUUGUUUCAAUAUAAUGAACGUUCAAGGCUGGGCCUUGGUUUAGAAAGCUCAAAACUUUACUUAAGGAACAAUCGAAAACAAAGAAACCAAUUUACUGUUUUAUUAAAUUAAUUUUCAUUUCUUUUUAAUGAAAAGCUUUGCUUACAAAAUAUACACAAAAAGCUUUGUGCAAUAAUCUCCACGAGAACGCAACAACAAUAAAGUUUUUAAAAGAUUCCCCAGGAACCUAACCAUAAAAAUCGAGUUUUGUCUAGAUUUGCAACUUUCAAAAACGACAUUUGUGAUUAAUUUGUCGGAGAAAAAUAAAGAAGAUAAAAACUACAAAAUCUCAUAAGUUCACUUAUAUAUUCUUAGAAGGUGGCGGUUGCCUCUCUUCAAUAUAUUUAGAUCUAAGCACACACACCACUAAAAAAAAAUAAACACUAUCAUUUUUUUUUUAAAUUCAAGCAUAUUAUAUUAAAAAAUAUUCUUCGCAUAGAUUUAUUUACUUAUGUAUUAUUAUUUGCAUUUCAGCUUCACUUAACAUAUUUCAAAACUUUUUUUUUUCGAAUUCUCAACACAAAUACACAUAUUUUUCAAAUCGAAUUUUAUAAAAAAAAAGAAACACUAUGUAGCAAUUGAAAAUAUAUUUUUGAAAUAUAAUUUCAACAUAAUUUUACAAAAAAUGCAUAAACGAGAAUGAAAAAAAUAAGUAAAAACUAUAAAUAUUUAAUAAAUCACACGAAAAAAAAAGCUUUUUAAAGGCGUUUUUUAUGAAAUCAAUAUUAUAUAUAAAUAUUCUAAUAUACUUUAUACAUAUGAUUAACAAAUAUAAACAUAUUAUACAUAUAACACUAACUUCUAAUGUAUACUAUCUAAGGCAACAGAAUACAUAGAUUUGUGCAAGGUAUUAUUUUUGAACAAAUAAUAUCAUUUUAAUGAAAAUGGUUUAAUAAACACAAAAUUUAGAAAUUCAUUUCGUUUUUUUUUGUUUUCUUCGUAAUUAACUAUUUGUUUUGUUUUAUUUUCUUUUUUAAUGGUCUGAGUUUUUGUAUCGUGCGUUAGUUGUUUAUAGCGAUUUUAUACUUUUCUCUAAUUACAUGUUUAAUAGUUUGCCAGUAUUUAUAAAAAAUUCAAACUGGGGAUUAGCCUAACUUAAUAUUGGAUCCACAUUUUAAAAAAACACAUCUAAAGUGCUCAGGCAAUAGUUUCGGUGAUCGCUUAAAUUUUUUUGUAUCGAUAAAUGUAAGUGAAUAAAGCGACUCAAAUUUGUAGUUGUUUUCAACUAAGCCAUGAAAGCGAUUUUACCAAAAUGUGAGAAGAAAAAAAAACAUAUUAUGAUUUCAAAUCGCUACAUACAAUGAAUUCAAGCUAUGCACCAGCAUUCGAGCCAAUUCGCUUGAGCGACUAAUCGCUUGAAUCGCUCCCACCGAAACUUAAGCCUAAUUUUCCUUUUUGUUUAGCAUUCCUUUUCACUUGCGAAAUUGUACUACAGGAAAAUGUACGGAUUUGGUACUGUUGUUCCUUCACCCUAGCAGAACAAUUUAAGAGAAGAAAUGAUAACUAGGAUUGGAAAACCAUAGGAACCAGUAUUUUACUCGGUAUCAAAUUAUGGAAUUUUCUUAUUAAUGGUUGUUGUUGAGAAGUUUGUUGUCACCUUGUACGUGGUAGGUUCAGCCAAGAGUCGUCAGGCAGGAUACCAAGAUGAAUUAUUUUGGUGACAAUUUGUGAUCCUCAUGCAAGAAACACUUGAUUGAAGAAAGCAGCGGAAGGUUCUUCUAUUUUGUAGGAAACACGUACAGGACCUAUACUCAUCAACUAUUUUGAUAAAUUGUGGAUGUCAAAAAUGACGUUGCGUUCAUUUGGAGAUGGCAGACUAUGAAUAGAUGAAAAUGAUAAUCUAGUAAAACCAAAUUCAAGUGCUCUACUACGUGACUAUAUUGUAAAGUACUCAUGACUGGUGCACCAAAUCCAAAGGAGUUCCGUUAUAAUCUCGAUUCAAAUGGAAAAUAUAAGGGAUGAAGUGGACACAUAAAACCGAACAAAACUCUAUCCUAUACAUAGUGAAACGUGUGCCAAGUUUUGUCGUGCAAAUGUUGGCACCUGAUAUGCUAGGCAGGAAUUUCCAUGCCCUAACUGACCAAUUCUCCUCCCUUGAAUUGAUGUUCCAGAACAAGGAAGCAAAUCUUGGUUUUAAAAGAGUUUUAUUUGUAGAGUCACAAAUAAAAUGUACUUAAAACAAAAUACAUAAAUAUAACAGAUUAUAGAGUGUUUUUCUGACUGUUGCUUAUUUGCAAAAGAUUUUUGAUGUAAUGCAAUGGGUUUUUGAGAACAAUUUGAAAACUCAAAAAAUAAUACUGAAGAAAGAGUUCAAAUCUUAUUGAGUGGUAGUUUAAAAUCUGCCUUUUUUAUUGAGUUGAAAUCGUUAAAAAAUGUUUCUUAGUCAAUUCUCAACUGAUUAUUAUGAUAUUAAUCCCAACUUACCAAAAUCCAAUACAUUUUAGUUGAAUUAUUUUUUUAAGCAGAUGAAAAUAUACAAUUAAUAUGAUUCACCAAAAAUAAACUUUUCUACCAGUCCUGUAACCAACUUCGACUAAAGUAUUCAAAGCUUUUUUUUUAUUAGAUCGGAGUUAGAAGUUAUUUUGUUAUGGUUCUUUUCGCGCUUUCGAUUAGCCCUCUCUUGCUUUCUUCUAAACUAAGCUAAGCAACGCAGCAUAGACCCAGGGAACUUGGGGAACUUUUUAGCAAUUUUUUGUUUGCAUUUUCUAAGGGUCAUAUUAAAUAAAUUGCACGACUGGGGUCGCACGUACUUGCUCUUAUGCUUAAAGUAACAAUAAUGUUAAAGCUUUUUAUUCAAGAAAUUUAAAAUUUCAUAAGUAGUACAUAUAAAAAAAUUAAAUCUGUUUUUAUAAUUAAUUAAACUCCGUUUUAAAUUAUCUUAAAAAAAAAAAAAAAUAUGCCAUUUUAUUUCUUGUAUAAAAAGGUAUUUUUAGAAAAAAAUUUUCGAAAAUUGUAGGAGCCGUUUUUUUAAAAAAUAAUUUUUUAUAUUUAAAAAUUUGUUAACAUUUAAAAAAAAAAAAAGUUGGUAUGCCAUUUUGAAGAAAUAAUUAAUUUACACAUAAAAACUAAAUUUCAAAAUUUUUCAUUGAUCCGUUUUCAAAAAAUUGAUUUUUCAAAAAAAAAAUUUGAAAUAUUUUUUAAAAAACCAAAAAUGCGUUUUUUGAAAAUUUUCUAAAAUUUUAAUAUUAUCUUUACUUACACACUUUUGUAUAAAAAUUUUAAUUUAAAUCGGGUUAAUGUUGUACGAGAUAUUCAGAAACGAAAAAAACCGUUCUAUGACAGGUACCGUUAAUAACGGUACAAAAAAUAUUUUUUUUAUUUCAAAAGUUGGCUCUUAUGUGAAGUACUACACACAAAAAUUUUUAUCAAAAUCGUUAGAGCCGUUUUUGAAAAAAAUUAACUUUCCUAUUUCCGUUAUAUGACAGGUACCGUUAGUUUUGGUCAUAAAAAAAAAAUUUCAAUUUCCCCUCUAGGGAAUCACCAAAAACUGCUAACUACCAAGUUUGAAGAAAAUCACUUCACUCGUUUAGGCUGCAGCUCCAGAUAGAGACAGACACACAGACAGACAGACAGAAUUGCCGGACCCACUUUUUUGGCAUUCUCCAUCAUCGUAAUGUCAUGUAAAAUUGUUAUCUCGAGUUCGAUUUUUUUUACGAAUCCUAAACUUGCCCUAUAGUAUCUAUAUCGCAAGUAAAAAAACGGGAGUUGAUCAAAUAUUUCUGACUUCCGAUUCAGCUUGCAAAAGUAUAGUUUAGUCUCAGCAGUAAAAAAAGUUUAAUUUUGUAAAUAAGUGUUAUAACUUUUAGUGAAAAACAAUAUUAAGAUACAAUACUUAAGCCUAGUACGCACAUUGCGCUUAAUUUUAGCUGACAUUUUUUUCCUCCGUUUUUGUCAUUAAUAAGUCUCAUGAAAAAAGCAGCAAAAAAUAUCCUUCGACGCGUCGCCGUCGGUUGAAACACCAAUCCGGCAAGAAAAAGCUGCCGUAAAUCCAUGGAAGGGUAAAACGACGAAAAACGAAAGCGGUCUACUUCAUAUUCCACAAUUAGGCCACUUGCAUUCUACUAUGGUGUAUUUACGAGAAACAUAAAUCCGCUUUGAAUUAUCUCUUAUUGCUUUUAAGCCGGAAGAUAUAGGCUUUUCAAUUGAACCCUUUUCUAGAAUAUUUUUUAGGGCAUGAACUCUUAAUGAACUUGGUUGUUUAUAUUUGAAAAUAGAACACAACAUCCCAUGGAUGAAAACUGAUGAGCGAGGCUCGGUCACCCAAGGAACUGCAAUUUAAUCACUACAAAUGAGACAAUAGUGAUAGAGUUACGUAGCCAAAUGAAUUACGAUCACGUUAACUAUCAUCUAUUACUAUAUUAUACCAUUUAUCGAGUUGAAAAGGCGGCUUGAUUCGUCGAAAUUUCCGAUACGACGAAUGAAACUGCAUAAGAUAUUAAUUAUGUAAGAUAAUAAUAACGUAAGAUAUUUGUAUUUUGGUUCCAACCAGAUCACGGAUUUUAUGAAAUUUUACUUUAUAUCGACUACGCACACUUUUCUUUGAUUUAUGUCGUUUUCCAAAAUUAUGGAGUGAAUCACUCCUUUUUCGUACAAUUUUGGAAUUUGUUCACGAAGAAUUUGACAAGUGGAGUGAUUUGACGUUUGCUUUGCAUGUGUUUGUAAUACGAAAUAAUGAUAACACAAUCUUUUAAAUUCAAUUUGAGUGAUUUUUUACAAUACUUUAUUGAAUUUUUGUAAAUAAAUAUAAUUUCCUUCACAAAAAAAAAGGUAAAAACAACCACCCAACAAUUUGACAAGCAGUCCAUGAAGUCAAAUGUAGUAGUAUUGGUAAUCACUCCGUCACUCCUUCAAAAUUUUGGGAGUGAAGAAUUCACUCCAAAAAUUCACUCCUUUUUCAAUUUUGGAAUUUGAAAUCACUCCUUUUGGAGUGAUUAUAUAGCUAGGAGUGUCACUCCUUGAAUUUUGGAAAACGACAUUAGUAAUAAUAAACACAUAUUUACGCUGAAACCGGUCUGACUAUGAACGGUAUUUACAUAUUUCUGGCCGAGAAUUUAAAGGUUGUAUGUUUUAUGAAAACCCCUGCAGACAUACAACCCAAUAAUUCUUAGCCAGCGAUAUAACGGAAACAGGACAACGGAGUUCCUAUGACUUAACUCGACAGCAUGGAUCGGAAUUACGUUAAGUUUUAGCAGGACAGCAACUGACAGACUGCACAUUAAGCAAUCAAUAGCUAAAACAUUUUCGUAAUUUAGAUUCUCCAAAAUUCCUUAAAUCGAAAAAGUUGUGAGUAGCUUAAGCUCAAAAUUUUUCUUUCAAAAAAAAAAGAACUCUUUACAAAAUGAAAAACUUGAAAAUUUUACAUGCAUAGGUACAAUACAUUAUCUUUAAUCCGUCUGGUCUGAUUCAAAUCCGCGCCUAGUACCUACGUAUAAUUCAAACGGCCUUCAGAUCUAGUUUAUCAUUAUGUAUUAAAUUCAAUUCAUGUUUAACUCAAUCCCCGCAUAAAGUUUAAAUUUUUAACAUUUUGAUUUCUAAAUAAAAUCAAUCAAUCGCUUUAAAUUUAUUGAUUCACUGAACAAUAACAGAAUUGUGAUAGAUGUUUGCAGAAAAACAUAAUUUUUUCUUAUUCUACUUUUUUAUUAACAUUUUCAGUUUUCGCUAUAAAAAUAAAAAUUUUCAAAAUUGAUAUACAAUGCAGGGAACAAUUAAAAAUUGAGCGCGUUCUAAAUUACUUUAUUAUAGUAUUAAACAAUUCAAAAUUAUAAAAAAAAUUAUAAUUUAGUUUGUAAGUGAUUAAUUAAUUAAUGUUUAUAGUAAAACAAUAUAUAUUAUAAAUGAUAUAUCAUAACUCUUGUGUGUAUUUACAGUUCUGUCUAAUUUUUAAGUUAUAAAUAUAAAACACUAUACAUUUUAUAGAAAUCAUGUUUUCAAAAUUUGCUGCGUUUAAUGUUUUCUAAUUUUUAAAUUAAAUAUUAUGUAGUUUACCCACAUCUUAUUUGUAUUUCAUAUUGAGACCUUUUCUGAUUAAAAACUUCCUUCGGAGAAAUCUGAUAAGAGAAAAAAUGCUCCCAAUCAAAAAGUGUUCGUACAUUUUGCUCCCUUUCGCUCUUUCAUCAUUAUUAACGAAAAGGGAAAAAAAUUAAAACGGAAGUUUUAAUUUACUCUGGAAGUUUUACGAUUGGAAGCCUUUCUCCCGGGCACAUUUCUCCGUUUUCAUUCAAAAUUAAACAAAAAACUCCAACAAACACCAAUUAACAUUGAAACAAUAACGAAACAUAAACUUUGUUCUUUAGAUAAAAUAUUGUUUUUUUAUGUGGUAAUAAAAAAAGGUAUGAAAACAAAAAAGAAACUUAGAAGCGAGAAUGUCCGAAACCAAUCUCAACAUUGAUUCCUAAAAUCUGGAAAGAAAAAAAUGGAUUUAUUUUUGCAUACAUUAUUAUAUAAAUAAAAACAGAAUGUAACUCAAAAAGCAAAUAUUUAUACAUGAUAACAAUAUUAUACAAAUAACGUGUAAACACAUUAAAAGAAAAUAAUGUUUCUACAGUUGAUGUGUUACAUUUAUAGUGAAUAGAUUAUACAUAGUAUAUUGACAAAUAUAUCUAUAUAUACGAUAUGAUAAACAAUAAAACUAGAACGAAAUGAAUGAAUAAUUAUAUGGCAGUUAUAUACAUAGUGUUGAUGUAAACUAUUAAA